UAUUGUUAAGGCGAAGCGAAGGUACCUGACAUCUCUUCGUUCCGACCGGCUCUUUCAGUCGAGGAAAAUUGACUUAGAAGAAUAAGUUACUCGCAAAGGACACUUGAGGGACAGGCACCCACAAGAUGUCACCAACACAGCGGGGCGUGAUCGUAGCUGCUGUGGCGGCCGCUGUCGGGCUGCUGGUCGGCGGCCUCAUCGGGCACUUCGGGACAACCACCAUUACGCCCGAACAGAAGGAGAAACUCAGCAUGGUGGACAGACUGCUGGCUGAUAAAUGGGAAGAACAUCAGGACAUCAACGAAAGAAUCAUCAAUAUGGUGAACACGGACAACCUCAGAAACAACCACAUGGAACUGACUCGAAAGCCUCACUUGGCUGCCACCUCGAGGGACGACGAGUUGGCUAGAAUGAUUCGAGAUCGAUUCGAGACUUCGGGAUUCGACACAGCGGAUCUGGUACCUUACGAGAUCCUCCUGUCACGUCCCAACCACACGAAUCCCAAUCUGAUCACCCUGACAAACGGCAGCGGGGAUGAAGUGUUCAGAAGCGCCUAUAAAGAAAUCCCGCUUCAUGAGGACGAUGAGGACCCGGAGUUUGUUCAUUCGUUCAGCGCCUACACGCCAGCAGGUGACAUCACAACUGAUCCCGGAGUGGGCGUGGUCUACGUUAACUAUGGGCGUGUUGAAGACUUUGACGAGUUGGAGAAACUGGGCGUUAACGUAGCGGGUCAGAUUGCCAUGGCUCGCUAUGGGAAAAUCUUCAGAGGAAACAAGAUCCAACACGCCCAAGACCGAGGUGCUGUGGGCAUUAUUCUUUUCUCAGACCCGCAGGACGUGGCACUUGAAGGGGUCACAGAAGACGUCGUGUACCCAAAUAAGGGCUGGCUUCCGGGCACGGGCAUGCAGCGGGGCACCACCUUCAUGGGCGACGGUGACCCCCUGACCCCUGGCUGGCCGUCGACAGAACAUGCUUAUCGCGUCGAUAAGGAGGAAGCCGGCCUGGCUAAAAUUCCCUGCCAGCCCAUUGGUUACAACGACGCGAAAGUGAUCUUAGAGAAGCUCCAAGGCGAGCAGCCAACGCCCGAGGGUUGGGUCGGAGGACUGGAGGGCGUCGAGUACAACCUCGGACCGUACUUCAAGUCCGACUUCAGCGACUACAGACUCCGCCUCCAGACUCACAACUACGAGCUGAAGGCCAGGUCGUACAACGUCAUCGGCACGAUCAAGGGCGAGGUGGAGCCAGACCGCUACGUGUUCAUCGGCAACCACCGCGACGCCUGGGGCUACGGCGGCUCAGACCCCUCCAGCGGAACGGCGCAGAUGCUCGAGACGGCGCGAGUGUUGGGCGAACUGAUGAAGGAUGGUUGGAGGCCGAGGCGCACCAUCGUUUUCUGCAGUUGGGGCGCCGAGGAAUACGGGCUUAUUGGCUCUACGGAAUGGGUCGAAGAACACGUCGAGAAACUGCAGGAGCGAACGAUCAUGUACCUGAACACCGACACCUGCGCUUCGGGUCCCAUCCUACACGCCCCGGGCAGUCCGCUCUUGUGGGAUCCUAUCGUUAAAAUUGCCAAGAUGGUACCAGGAGUGAGAAACGGAGAAACGGUUUAUGCAGAGUGGGAAGAAUACGAAAAAUUGAGGAACCAUUCAUCUCCAGAGAUGAAAACCCUCGGCUCCGGCAGCGACUACGCCCACUUCUCCUUCUACUGUGGAAUUCCUUGCCUUGAUAUCUGGUUCAGGAGAGACAAGAACAAAUACGACAUCUCCAUCUACCCUGCCUACCACACCGGCUACGACACCUUCUACAACAUCGACCACAACAUCGACCCGGGUUUCAGGAUCCACCAGGGCUGUAGUAGGAUCGCUUCCCUCACUCUACGCUACUUCGCUGACUCGGCUCUCGUGCCCUACAGUCUCGAGAAGCUUCCGAAGGCCAUUCAUGACGCGUUCGAGAAAGUUAAGGAGAACGGCAACGGAGAGAAACUGAUGGACAUUUAUGAUAAAUUCUCUCUCCUUGGGGAAGCGAUUGAUAACUUCACUAUGACAACUUCCGGUUUUGUCGCCAAGAUAAACCAGAUGAAAGAUGAUUUAGACCCCGUGACGCUUCGUUCCCUCAACGACCAAAUUAUGAAGCUGGAGCAAAUAUUUAUCAUGCCUGCGGGUCUACCUGGCCGGCCGACUGUUAGACACGCCAUUUUCGCCCCAAGUCAGUUCGAUAACUACGCCACAGCCGGUUUCCCUGGGAUUUCCGACCUUCUGUACGGCUACGACGGCUUGAGCCCCGAGGAGAAGACGGCGAGGCAGAAGGAGAUCAGAAGACAUAUUUCCGACCUCACGAUCCUGGUACAGAGGGCCUCCAGUCUCCUCGAAGAUUUCCACAGUAUUUAGCGUGGGAAGGAAAAUGUGGUCAGACGGGGGAAUGGAGA